CUUUCGAUUGCGUGUAUACAAAGAAAAUGAGAAAACACGAUCUUCUACGCCUCAGGCUUUCUCUAGAUCUCGGCGAUGACCUUGCUCAAGCUUUCACUUCUGCAUUUCUACCUGGGCAUCUUUCUUCACCGGUCAGUUAGCUCUGGCUGAGCCUCUCUUCUCCGAUAUGCGCCAUACAUACUCAUCAACAAUUGCUCGCGAUAUGCCAGCCAAUCUCAAGACGAUGGAAUCCCAUGAACCCCGACCGGCCCUGUGGAGGCAUAAGGGAACAGGAGAUUAGUUUCUGUGCCGUAAAUAUCGUCCUGGACCUCGCCAUUGUCAUUCCUCCCAUGCCGGCCUUGCUAUCAUGGCACAUCAAGAUGAGUAAGAAGAUUGGUCUUGUCGGUCUUCUCAGCCUUGGAUUCAGCAUUUGCAUAAUCAACAUUACCCGCCUCGGCCUGAUUGUAACUACUGGGAACGAAGAUUUUACAUAUAGUACAUUGGAUGUUGGCUUGCUUACUGAAAUGGAAGUCUGGAUCGGAGAUAUCACGGCCAGUCUUCCAACGCUGGGUCCAAUUUUCAGGCAGAAUCAGACAGCGAGCCAGGGCCGAGCACUGAAGUAUUACAGGUCAAGAAGCGGUAGCGCAUCUUCGUGGCCAUCGAAUAAGACUUUCGGAACUAGCAUUCUCGCGACGAAUGCAUCAUCCGAGCCACCGAACGAUGAGGCUAUUGCACUGAAAGAUCGCGCGCCGUUGCAAGAUCGCAUUGACAACAGCUGA